GUAAACGGGAGCGCGCUCUCGCAAAACGGUCGCGCGCGAAGCGGUGUGCAGAUGUGUCGCAGAUUUUGUAAAGUCACUGGACGCUGAAGGAAGUCGCUCCUCAAUGGGCCCUUAAACUGUCAGCAAAACAAAGCGGUUGAGGGAGAAAACCUCCGCGGGAAGACAGAGCCGAAGCACCGCUGUCACAAACCGUAAACGUCACGAGAAAGACGUUACUUUGACAGUUAAAAGCCAAAUACGGCCGCGUGCACGGAGAUGGAGCUGUCAGCUAUUGGGGAGCAAGUGUUUGCUGUGGAAUCAAUCGUCAAGAAAAGAGUUAGAAAGGGGAAUGUGGAGUAUCUGUUGAAGUGGAAAGGAUGGCCUCCAAAGUAUAGCACAUGGGAGCCUGAGGAACACAUCCUGGACCAGCGCUUGGUGCAGGCCUAUGAAGAGAAUGUGUUGCAGAGAGAGAGAGCUUUGGGGCACAGGAGAAAAGGAUCCAAAGCCAAAAGACUCAUUCUACAGGAUACAGUCUACACCAUGGAUCUGCGCAGCGCUCACAAGACUCCAGCUGAACCUCCGCCUCGCCUGCGUCUCUCCCUGACACGCUCUCUGCUCCCCGAAGAUGAAGAUCGGUCAUAUGGAGCCCUCAGGCAGGACCCACAUCAGGAAAGCAAUCCCAGGAGGUUCACGUGCCUUGACUCAAACCCUCCGAGUCCCACAGAAGAAGAUUGGGAUGGCCGGGGAGAGGAGGAAGAAGAGGACGAGGAGGACAAUGUAGAAAGUGAAGAGGAGGAGGAGGAGGAGGAGGAGGAGGAGGAGGAGAAAGAGGAGGCACUAAAGGAGACAACAGAGAAGAGCGCAGGCACUUUAAAUGGACAGGAGAGAACCGACGAGUGGAGCUCCUCUAUCGGACCGGACCGGGUCGCCGUGUCGGAGAAGCUGGACGCCGUCUGGAAGCCCAUCAUGGGUCCGGAGGAGGUGACGGUCACGGACGUCACCCUCAACUCCCUCACAGUGACUUUCCGAGAGUCGAGAGUGGCCAAAGGCUUCUUCAGGGACUGGGGCCUGGAGGUCUGAUGUGUGAUGUCAGAGUAGGUUGGUGGCGAGGGCAACGCGAGAGGGUCACAGUGUUUGUUUGAUCAACGGGGGUUUUAUUCCCUCUCAGUAACCUCUCACUUUGUUCUUCCCUCUCGCCUGCUUCUUCCAGUCUGCUCAGUGGUACGUUUACAUGCACAGAGUCACCUGAACUCCACUCAAUGUUGUGUUCAAGUUCAGGAGUUCAUUUUUAAUGUGGUGGGUCUGAGUUACUUUGAAUGAAAGGGGUGUUGGAUAGUGAUAACUGGUUGU